AAAUCGUAAAUCCUACAAAAGUUCUAGAAAACAAUUAAAGUAGUGUAUAAAAUUUUCUAUUUUCUAAAGUGUUUUAAAUUUUCAGAUGCUGGUGGGUGACGAUUCUUUAAUUCGGAAUCAUAAUGGUGUGGUUUUCAUAAGGAAUUAAGCGAAAUUUUAUCAAAAUAAGGUAAUUUUGUCCUGGGAAUACGCGAUCAAGUCUACCAUUUUAGAAUGGAUGUUGAUUCUCCUAUUGAGGAAAAUUCUAAGAAAAUUUGCGAUAAUUUGACAAACAGUCUUCCGGAAGGGCCGCUCCUAGGUUCUAUAACAACUAAUGCCUUAGAUAAAGAUGAUAAAGGAAUGCAAAUCAGAUCCAGUGCUAGAGUUUUUAAGAAAAUGAAGCUGGAGCAAGAACUUGAUAAAAAGAAUGAUGAAAAAUCUACAUUAGACUGCCCAUCCGGUUGCAUAAGUGGUGAAGCAAGUGUUGCUGUUCUUUCUCCAAAUGCAGAGCCGUCCCAUUCAAAUAGUUCCCCUGUUGAAAAACCACCUGAUCCUGAAAUUAAAGGACCUCAAAUCAGAUCUAGUACCAGGGUCAUCAAAAAAACCAAGCUAGAUUCUACCAUUGUGAGUGACACAAAGCCUAAGAAAGAUGAGGUAAAAGCUGAUAUCAAGAAAAUAGUAAGAACUAAUUGGAGUUAUGAAGAUAAAUUAAUGUUUUUUGAGGCUGUGAAUGAAUAUGGCAAAGAUUUUGAGAACAUCCUUCAAUAUAUUAAUACCAAACUCAAAAAGAGAGGUGCUACAGAUGAGCAAAUUAAGACAAAAGAUCAUGUAAGACAGUUCUACAACAGAACAUUUCAUGAAGUCUCAAAACAUGUGAAAUUUUCUGAUAGCGUUAAAAAGGUUGUUCAGGAACUGUAUGGCAUUAUAAAUUAUGGAGAGCUUCAUAAAAAAUUGGGAUCUAUUAGUGACAAGGCCUGUCUGAAAUUAACUGAACUUAUUUAUAGAGGGGCCACAGUAAUUAGGUCAAAGGGAAAAACCAUCAGAAUAAAGUCUCCAAUGUGUAGAGCUUUAAUAAAAAUCAGCCAGUUGGAUGAAAAUUAUGAAGAUGUAAAACUACCAAACAGAGUCAUAGUGGAAUUAAGGCCUAAAGAUAUGACAUCCUUUGUAAGAAUUCAAUCUAUGGCACAAAAUCCAAGACUUAAAACUACAUUGCCUUUACAAAAAAGGCUAAAUGCAUUAAUUCAAUGUUUAAGUAAAAGGUGGAAAACCAGAGAUGUAAUAGAAUAUGAAAAAUCAAUUGUAUCAUCAAAUCCAGUUACAAAUGACUGUGUACCAUCCCAGCAAGAAAUUGUAGACAAUUUAGCAUUGUUAUCACCAGCAUUAAGGUUAAGUCCUCCACCUGAAUCUAAAAUUGAUUUGCCACUGAUUAAUUUAAGUGAUUAUUUAACAAGACAAACUAUAUGUUUAACAGCAUACGAAAGACGUAUUGGUUUGGAUACAUUUAGUGAGAUUAAAAUUAUGUCCAAGAAGAAAAAGCAGAAAGUAGAGACAGAACAAAAAAUAGAUGUUCCAUUACAGGAUGUCAAGCCUGAUUUUAAGUGUGAAAUAAAAAAUGAAGAGACUGAAGCAAAUAGUUGUAAUGAAGCUGAUCCAGAUGUGACUUUGGCUGAUGUGGUUGAUGAUGCUAUAACUAGUAUUGUUUUGUUGCAACAAAGACUAGAUAGACAAACUUCUGAAACUAGUGAAACUGAUGAGCCUACCAAAUCUGAACUAAAAGAAGAAAUUAAGAGUGAAUUGAAAUCAGAAGUUAUAAAUAAAGAACAGCAAGAAAAAAUUGAAAAUAUAAGAAAAGGGUGGACUGAAAAAAACAGUUGUAGUCUUACAAUAGGAGAAUUAUACCUAAUGUAUGGAUCUGAUUCGACCUUAGUUUUGGAAUACAGUUGGGAUACUGAGGCAAAAACAGCAACAGAAAAACCAGUUACGUCUGAAGAACACUUUCUUGAUAAAUGGAAGGAAACAUAUCAAGAAACCUUAGAAAAUAAGAAGAAAAAUUUAACAACAGCUUUAACAAAACUGCUCUCUAUAGUAAAGCUACAACAUAGGAACAAUGUUAUGAAAUGCCAAUGUGGUCACAUAUGCGAUGGAAGAAUGGUCAUCAAAAAUGGGCCAACUGGCAGUUUUUCAAGGGGAAAAAGAGGAUCUAUUCUCGAAACUAACAUUCCAGAGAAUUUGUUGCCGUCAAAAAGCCAAAACACAGGGUUUGCCAGUAAACCAGUAUACGUCCAACCUAAGGACAGAACUCAACAAACACCGACCAUGAAACAGCAACUAGAUUCGAUACAGAAAUUAAAACCGAUAUUCUGUAAUCGUAAAGGCAGGCGGUUCAGAUCAAAACAGGUUGUAGUUGAGAGAAAGCUACCACUUUUGCCAAAUAAUCUGAGCGGGCAUCAAAUAGUCAGGAUGAACAUUAUAUCACAACAGCCUUCGCCUGCAGCAGCGACUACAGAAUCUCAAAUCAGCAUUCAAGAUGAUCUCCAGAUUCAGAAAGUGAUCGAUAAUCCGGAAGAUGAGAAUAGUGUCAUAUCCACGGUACCCUCGAGCCCAUCAAGGCUUCUAAAGGAAGGCGAAAGUGAAUGGAUCAACGCGGAAGUGGCCGAUUAUUCUCUAAGCAGCCUUUUAGGGCACUUGGAGAGCCCGAUAAAGAAUCCCAUAACGACAUCUAUGGCCGCUAACCUACCUUCGGAUUUGUCCAACGAAGUCGAUGCACAGCUGCAUUCUUUAUUGACGGAAAACAGCGUUGAUUUUGCUGCUAAUUUUGCUGAUUUAGCGGCCAGCGUUGUUAACGAUAAGAAGUAUUAAUCGUACUUUUUUUUGGUACAAUUUUAUAUUCUUAACACACCAGUAGUAACUUCUACUUUGUCGAUAGGAUAUAAAAAUAUAAGCUCGUAGCAUUUAUAGAUAGUGGAACAUGAAGUAGGUGUCCUCAUAUAGCUCUUCCUCCACAAUAUAGUACUCAUAGAAUAAGGAGUUAAAAAUCAGUCUUUCUGUAAGGUAGGUUGUUAUUUUGUAUUUUAGUUUCCAAAAACUUGUGAUUUAAAUUUUUAUUUUUUUACUACUCCACGACUUAAAUAUUUUUAGUUCUUUUCAAUUCCACAUUGAUCAUUUUACACACACAGUUGUCAUCGCCGUCAUUUAGUUGGGAGAAUGUCAUCGAUCGGCAUUCCCAAGCCAAUUGCCGCCGUUUUAUUUUCCAUCAUAAUGUACUUAAUAUUUUAUCCUUUUAAUAGGUUUUUGAUGUUUUGAAAAUUAUACUUGCCUCGUAACCUUCAUA